AUAGCAACAGGUGACAAAGAUGUCAUUUGGAGGUCGUAAUGGCUCCUCGAUGGAUGCAGGGAGGAUCGCUCCGAUCGAUCGACAAAUUACACAGCUAUUAUCUGGAGAAGAUGCUGUGUCAAAUCUCCGAUUUACCACACUCUUGCAAGAAGUAGGAUCUUCUUCCUCUUCUUCAAAGAGCAUUGACUACUCUCAGGAGUUCAAUAAACUGUUCAUACGUAUUCGCCAGCUACUUCAAGGUCAAAAAGAGGCUCAACUGGGACUACUGCUGGCCGCAGAAUUGGCACAAUCGAUACCUUGGCAAAAGAUUGUCGCUCAUUGUUCGGAAUGGAUCAAUGCUGCUUUGGUGAACUUUAACAAGCAUCCUAAAGAAUCAAUUGCGAUUCUUGAUUCAGUUUUGGGAUCUGAAGCAAGACAACAACCGGAAUAUUGGCGUAAUGUAGGCAGUGCAGGAUCGACAAAAUAUUCACUCAUUUUGAUGGAAAGUAUAGAACAGGCAAUCGAAAGAAAGCAGGAUCAUUUACCCGUUUUGCUAAAUGCUCUCGUCAAUCAAAUCAAUUUACAUCCCACGUCAUUCCGAUCGCAUGCGCCUAGGAUACAGAAGAUUUGCUUUGAACUAUUGUUCAGUCAUCAGAUCUGCGUCACACAAGCUACUCGGUUGUUAGCCAAAUUGCCAUUCACCGGCAAAGGACGGGAAGGACAGAUGGACUUAUGGUCAGCAACGCUGAGGUUGCUAUUGCGUGAUGCCAAGAUGGCAUGGGAGGCUUGCUCUAGCGCAUUCCUCCCUACCUCAGAUCUACAUCAGCAAGGCAAUUCAGUAUUUCCUCAAGCACACCCUGGCGACGAUGUGGCUUAUCUGCGGAUAGCACAUUCUCGACUCGCUCUAUUGUUGGGCAGUACUCCCAAACCGGGAAUCCUUGCUAUCUUCUUGAGUGAACCAAGUCCAGGUGCCGUUAAAGUACCGACAGAAGAGAUUCUUGCGCUUGCUCAUUCGAUUCUAUCUCUACAUUCAUCCUCCGCUACAAGACUGGACCAUGCUCCCGAAGUGAUCUUGCAUGCUACACAAGCUGCGCUGCUUCCUCGUGCUCAUAUUUGCGCAAUCACCUUUCUUGCAAGUCUGCCUGCCUCUAUAUGGCAAAGAGGAUAUGGAGAGGCUAUUCAAAAGCUCAUUAUAAUCGCUGAGAAGAGCUCAGCUGUUGUUCGUUGCACAGCCUUCAAUGCAUUGGCAAACAUGCCAAUGGUAUUCAAUCCUCAUGCACCAUUGCUGGCCCGUUGCACAAGGACAUGUUUGGCUCAAUUGGCUAGAUUGGUGACUCAAUCAGAAAGUGAGGCAAAAGACAUGAGCGGAAACUCAUCGGUAGCCACAUCGACCAACGGAGCAAAUUCACGAGCUAACAAAAAGAGAAGGACGUAUGAAGCUGAUCAAGUGCUCUUCAAACCACUUGAAGGUCUCAAAGUUCUCUCGGAGGACGAGCAGGCUGCUUGUGCAGCGGCAGUAAGGUUGCUGUCUAACAAGCUAUAUGAGAAUCUGAUUCCGUUCGUUUCGCCGCAAUCUCACGAUUUGGCCCAAUCGAGCUGUGUUUUGCUAUUGGGGGUACUAGAGCUUGCAUUGAGGGAGUCUCAAGGUGAACAAAUGAUUCAACAAUUUGUCUCUUCACUUGCACGUAUGGUAAGCCUCAGUCGCGGACCGUUGUUGGGCGUUUUGACGACAAGAGCAAGUACACUUUGUGCAGAAGCAAUGAAUCAUCCCAGCCGAUCUAUUCAAGCAGCAGCAGAGACUCUGAGAAUUGCUCUAUGCGAUACUUUCCAUCCUAAAUUGCCACCAAAGUUAUCGUUACGAUUGCAUGUCGACGAAGAUCGACAAGAAAUCUCCAACGAAACAGAAGAGAAACAACUUGAAGAGGUGACUUUAGAUGAAGAUCGUGGAAAAAGUGAACAAGAGAUCAUGCGUGAUGUACUGGAUAUUGUAGACGAUGGCGGGGAAGUGGUGCAACAACAAACCACAAAAGCGACACUCUUCCCACGAACGAGCAAUGACCAUCCAUCAGAGCAGACGGUGGCGGCAAAUGUGCCUUAUUCACCCGAUCCAGUCAAGCCCAUCCGUCGACCGAGCACGCCACGAAUUGGAUCGCCAAAGACCUCGCUCCGUCACGAUAGCCAGAGUCCUGAACGGACUUCAGGAUUCAAGCAAGCUCCUUCGUAUUCUUUACCAAGUAAACCGUCUGCGAUAAACGCUACUACAAGUGCCGAAGAUGGUACGUUGUCACAUUUACCUACCACCUUGGAUACUUCAUCAUCUACUGUCGCAAUCGCCUCAACAACAACCAGUAAAGUUUCCUCACCUUUGGCCAAACAAGGCACUAUGAGCUUUCAAGAUGAUGAUGGUGAGGAUUCAGACGAUUCAAUGCCUGCUUUAGACAUUCGUUCAUCCGAUGAAGAAGAUGACGAAGAAGAAUAAGUGCUGUGCCUAAUCUGUAUAUUUAUGCUUUGUAAUAGUACUAAUAGCAAUUGCAUUCCAGCUCG